CAUGCUCGUCUCUCGGUUCUUUAGGGUUUACACACAGUGGAAAUGGCCUAACCUGGUGAUGCUCUGCAGUAUUGAGGAGGGUACUCUCGGACUUCCUAUGUGGGAUCCACGGAGGAAUUUCAGGGACAGGCUCCACCAGAUGCCCAUAUAACGCCUGCCUACCCAUCCAUGAAUUCCAGCUACAAUGUCUCUUCUAGUACUUUGCGUGUUAUGACCGAGGAGUUUCAACGUGGAUUUGAUAUAUGUGAGGCAAUGGAAACAAAUAUAGCUGAGUGGGAUACUCUGUUUGCGCCCUAUCCGUUCUUUGAAGCCUAUAAACACUAUCCGGAGAUUGACAUAAUAACAGAAAAUGAAGAUGACCUCCGGAAAUGGAAAGGCUGGGUAGAAUCUCGUCUUCCCACUCUCACCUUCAAGGCUAUUUUUGAUUUUCUGAUGGAAAUGGGGGCUGCAGAGGCAAAGAGGGAGGUUGGAGGGACGUUAUAUGGACUAAAAAACAAUUUCCACAGCUGCAGAAAUAGUGAAAGAGACUGUAUAUACAUGCAGAAGACAUAAAAAGAUCGAAACACACGUAUGGAAUGCUCCAAUGCCACCUGCACCCAGGCGACUUCUCUGACAAAUCGAAGUCGUUCCACUGCUGCUUCUUCAUGGGCCUAAGAAAAAAACAGGAUGCACCAACCCGCGAAGGUGAAC